CACACACGUGGAUACACGUGCAUGAAAACAUCGAUGAAAACAGUCAAUAAUAAGGGGUGUGACUCCAUAGGUGUGGCCUAAAUAUCGUAUCAAAACUGUAUCGAUACUCCCGAUAUGAGCUGAUAUCGAUCGGUAUCGUAUCGAAUCCAUUUUGGCCAGUAUCGCCCACCACUAUUAAUUAGUGUACUCGUUACUAUGACAACAACCCUAACAACCAAUGAGAUCCAGCCACGAUUGUUUCUAAUUAAAGCCCACCUACAUACAAAACCUACCCAGUACAUCAAAGGACUGGUAUUUACUAGGAUUCCAGUGUUUGUUGGACUUCACAAUGUCAGUACACCUAGUACGGACACUGGUUCUAUUGUACAUCAAUACUCUUAACGGUGUUUGGUCUGAUUCUGUUAGUGGUCAUUUGGAAAAAGGAAAGAAGUUGCUUCAAGAUGGCAACUUACCAGAAGCACUUGAGCAGUAUAAUCUAGCAGUGGCGGGUGACCCAUCAAAUUAUUUAACGUACUUCAAGAGGGCAGCAGUGUAUCUGGCACUGGGUCAGGCUAAGAAGUCACUGCCUGAUCUUGGGAAAGUAUUGGAACUGAAACCUGACUUCCACCAGGCGAGACUGGAGAGGGCUAACACUAAUGUUAAAUUAGGUAAAGUAUCAGCAGCUCAAGAAGACUAUCAGAUACUAGCAUCUUCGGAGAAUUCAGCAACUGAAGAAGCAAAAGAAAUGUUGUCAAGGUCCCAGACAGUCCAGCAGUACAUUGAGAACAUUGAUCACCUAAUGUCUAAAGGAGACUACACCGAGGACCUCCUCCAUCAGUUACAAGUAUCAAUAGAACUGUCUCCCUGGUACCCUCACCUCAGAUCAGCUAGAGCAGUAUAUUAUGAACACACUAAGCAGUAUCAAUCAGCUAUCAGUGACAUCAAGAUGUUAACUAAACUGAUCCCUGACAAUACGGAGGGUUACUAUAAGAUCAGUUCAUUAUACUAUCAGUUAGGAGAGGAGGAGGAUAGUCUGAGGGAGAUCAGGGAGUGUCUUAAACUGGACCAGGACCACAAGGAUUGCUACCCACUCUAUAAAAAAUUAAAGAAGUUAGUGAAGCAGUUGGAGGCAGCUAGAAAGAUGAUGGAGGAGGAACGGUUUGAAGAAGCAAUUGAUAAGUUAAAGAAUGCUUUAAAGACUGAAAGUGAAAGUGUUGCUAUCCUCAUUAAGAUCAAGACAAGACUCUGUACCUCUCACACUAAAAUCAGUUCAUAUGAUGAUGGUAUGAAGUGGUGCAAUGAAGUCCUUGAACUAGAUCCAGAGAACAUUGAUGUGUUGUGUGAUAAGAGUGAACUAUAUAUCAGUAAUGAGGAGUAUGAGGAAGCUAUCAAACUCUAUCAACAUACACUCAAGAUUAACGACCAGUUUCAACGAGCUAAGGAUGGUUUGAACAGAGCACAGAACUUAUUAAAGCAGUCCCAGAAGCGAGACUAUUACAAGAUACUGGGAGUGAAGAGGAAUGCCUCAGUGAAGGAAAUCAACAAAGCUUAUAGGAGACUGGCUAAGGAAUGGCAUCCUGAUAAAUAUGAUGGGGAGGAUAAGAAGAAGGCAGAGAAGAUGUUCUAUGAUAUUGCAGCUGCCAAGGAAGUACUCACUGAUAAAGAGAUGAGAUCAAAGUUUGAUAAUGGUGAGGACCCUCUUGAUCCAGAGCAGCAGCAUGGGGGUGGGGGUCACGGCGGGUUCCCUCAUGGCUUCCCGUUCGGUGGUGGAGGCUUCACUUUUAAAUUUAAUUUCUAAUAAAAUUAAAUAAUUGAUAAUACAAUCAGCACACAACAUCUACAAUAACA